AUGGCGAACGACAAGAGAACUGGUGGCAGUAGCAGUUUGAUUAACAGAGUUGGUGUGCCUACAAGAACGAGCAACACCAUAGAAUGCACCACCAAACUGAUAGCACUCUCUGAGCAUAAAAGUGGUACACGACAUCAUGUGCACCAUCUCACCAUCUGCCAGAAGACAUCUGCACAUUUGAAGGAACUGAUCGAGGACCAAAACGUGAAGUGUAGUGAAUUUCUGCAUCGCUGCAACGUGUGUAACAAAACAGUCGCAAGUAGUGGCAGCUUGAAGUCCCACAUCCGUCGGCACAAUGGUGAACGUCCGUAUAGUUGUGACGUGUGUCAGAUGUCAUUCAUAAGUAACACCAAGCUGAAGUAUCACUCUCGUGAGCACACAGGUGUACAUCCCUACAUCUGUGAAGUGUGCCACAAGACGUUGUCGAGUCAGAGCGCCCUUAAGAUCCACGCGCGAAUGCACACAGGCGAACGUCCGUAUAUUUGUAACAUGUGUCAGAAGACAUUCAUCAAUGCCAGUAACCUGAAGAAACAUUCACGUCUCCACUCGGGCGAACGUCCCUACGACUGUGAAGUGUGUCACAAGACGUUCAGAAGUAGCAGUAACCUGAAAAAACACUCAUGUGUGCACAAAGGUGAACGUUCCCAUUUCUGUAAAGUGUGCCACACGACGCUGUCGAGUCAGAGUACACUAAAGAUCCACUCGCGAAUCCACACAGGCGUACACACAUAUAUUUGUAGUCUGUGUCAGAAGACAUUCAUGAAUAGCGGCAAUCUGAAGAAACACAUACGUAUCCACACAGGCGAACGCCCCUACACCUGUGGAGUGUGUCACCAGAUGUUCAUAAGCAGCACCAAGCUGAAGAAUCACUCACACGUUCACACAGGCGAACGUCCCUACGUCUGUGAAGUGUGCCAUACGGCGCUGUCGAGUCGAGGUACACUAAAGGUCCACACGCGAAUGCACACAGGAGAACGCCCAUAUAUUUGUAACAUGUGUCAGAAGACAUUCAUAAAUAGCAGCAACCUGAAGAAGCAUGUUCGUGUCCACACAGGCGAACGUCCCUACACUUGCGAAGUUUGUCAUAAGACGUUCUCAUGUGGGUCCAAUUUCAAGAGACACUACCGAGUACACACUGGCGAACGCCCGUACAACUGUGGGGCCUGCUACAAGACAUUUGCCUGUAAGUCGGGCCUGAAGAAUCACUUGAGAGUGCACUCAGGCUAA